AUGGCAUCAACUAAUUAAACAUAAAAGGAUGUAUACAAAUUAUACAUAUAAUGUAGAAAUAUAAAGGUGAAUAUAAGCCUCUUAAUAAAGUGAGACAUGGAUUUGGAACUUAUAUUUAUGAAAAUUCUUUUUUUACUUAUGAAGGUCAAUGGGAUAAUGGUAUUAAGUAAGGAUAAGGAAUUUUGAAGAUGAAAGAUGGUAGUUAUUAUUAAGGAAAUUUUGAAAGAGGAGAAAUUGAAGGUCAUGGAGAAUUUCAUUAUGCAAAUGGAUCAAUUUAUGUUGGGGAGUUUCAUUAAGGAGAGAAACAUGGAUAAGGUGUAUUUUCAUCAGCAAAUAUGACAUAUGAAGGAUAAUGGUAUUUAAACUGUAUGUAAGGAAAUGGAAUUUUGUAAACACCUACUUACAGAAUUGAAGGAACUUUUCUAUAACACAAGCCUCAUGGAUAAUGCAAUUAUUAUUCAGAAGAAUAUAAUUAUAUAGGAGAAUUUAAUCUAGGUAAAAGAUCAGGAAAAGGAAAGUAUGAAAGUAAAUUAGAAGAUUAUGAGGGAGAAUUCUUAGAUGAUAAAAAACAUGGUUAAGGAAUUCUAGUGAAGAAAGGAGAAUAUCCAUUUUAUUAUGCUGGUGAAUUCUAAUAAGAUAAUCCUAUAUGUAUGAAAUUGUAAUUUGAUAUUAUUAGUGCAAACAAAUAAACUUAAUUUUAAAUUAGAUCCUUAACCAGAAGAACCUAUUGAUCCAAAAGCUAAAAAGGGAGAACCUGUUAUUGAUUUGACUUAAGUUUUGGUUCAUGAAUUAAAAUCAGGAAAAACUAUUAAUUUUGAACUUUAUUUAGUUUAUUAAGGACCUGAUAUUGAAGAUCCAAUAUAACCAACUUAAUAAGAAAUAGAUGAAAUGAUUAAAAAUUGGUAAAAAGAAGCUAAAAAACAAAAAAAUCCACCUCCUAUGCCUGAUUUUGGAGCAAAAAGAAUGAUCCCUGCUCCUCCUAUUCAAAUUAAAUAAGAAUCAGGAAGAAUAUUAGAAUUAAAGAUGAGUAAUUAAUAAAUGUUAUUGAAGUCUAAAAAACUGAAUAAGGUGAUAAACAAUUCAGAAUAGAUUAUAGAGAAAAAUUAGCUGUUAGGAGAGAAGAAGUAACACGUUUAAAAGCAGAAAUUGAAGCAUAAAAACAAUUAGAAGAAUAAUAAGCUUAAUAACCAAUUAAAAAGAAAGAUGCUAAAAAAUAAGCUAAAAAACAACCUGAACCAGAUCAAAUAGAUUUAUCUGUUAAAUUAUAUGUUGAAGGAGAUAAUGAACCUUUAAUAGUAGAAACAAAAGAAGGAAUGGUGAGAAUUGAAAAUUUAGAAUAUCCUGAAGAUUUCCCUCCUGGUAAAUAUUAUUAUGGUAUUUUCUUUUUAUUUAAUUUUAGUUAUUUCUAAUAAAUCUAAUAAUUCAAUAGGUGAUUUUAUGCCAAUAGAAAUUGAAGUAAAUAUUAAUCCAGAAGGAGGUCUUAAAUAAUAACCAAAAAAAAAAUGA